ACGAAAAGCUUUGCCUGACUAGUGGAACGACAACACCAAACGUUAUCAGACCCUACCGUAGCUUUAACGCCGUUUAUUUCCUGAGACGUUUCUGAAAAGCUUAACUUUUAUAAUAAAGUAAGCUAUAAGACAAAAGCAGAUUUAUAAUUGACAACGUCGAGCAAGCUUUCCCGUGGUCCACUGUUCUUAAAGUGACACUGGACUGUUUACAAAACCGUCGACAGCUUUCGAGGCAGCUGCUAAGCCCCACAAACUCUCGGGACAAUGGCAGUGUCGCUGCACCGCCACCAUGCGGUGGUUGUCUGCCUGCUCUUGUGCUGCCUGACCCGCGGGCUAUCCUCCCCGGACCCGCGGCAGAGAGAGGCCCUCAUACAGCUGGAGCUCUCCAUGCAGACAGGGGGGCAGGUGGUGCUGACUGAUGCUGAGAAGCAGCUGGACGCCCUUAUGUUUAAAAUGAAGCAGGAGGAGUUCUCGAGAGCAGACUUUCCUCCCGCCAUGCACUUCUUCAGGGCCAGGGACAUCAUCAGCACCAGUCCCAUCUUCAAGCUGCUGCAGGAAAUGCCUAAAGGGGGAGCUCUCCAUGUCCAUGACUUUGCCAUGGUAGAAGUGGAGUGGCUGGUAAAGAACGUGACCUAUCGGCCUCACUGCUACAUGUGCUUCACUGACAACCAGUCCAUCAGAUUCAUCUUCUCAGCCCAGCCGCCCAAAACUCUGCCCCACUGCUCUCCCUGGACUCUGCUGGAAAACCUCCGGGCCAAGAUGGUGAACUCCACGGAGUUCGACAACAGCCUCAUGGCCAACAUGACGCUCUUCACUGAUCAGGAUCCAGAAUCGGUGUACCCCAGUCAGGAUGUGAUUUGGGGAAAGUUUGAACAGUGCUUCCUUGCUCUGUGGGGUCUGGUCACAUACGCUCCUGUGUUCAGAGACUAUUACUACCAAGGUCUCGCCCAGUUCUACACGGACAACGUCAUGUACAUGGAAGUGCGAGCUCUACUCCCAGAGAUAUACGAGUUAGACGGCAGCACUCAUGACACAGCGUGGACUCUGAAGACCUACCAGGACAUCACCCGACAGUUCACAGCAGAAUACCCGGAGUUCUUUGGAGUGAGAGUCAUCUUCACAAUCCAUAGAGGAGUAAAUGCAUCCAAGAUGGCCAGAGCUGUGGAGGAGGCGAUGAAGCUACAGAGAGACUUCCCAGAUAUCAUGGCUGGCUUUGACCUGGUGGGCCGUGAGGACAGCGGCAGACCCCUAUGGUACUUCAGAGAUGCUUUGUCACUGCCGGCAGAGAGAGGGGUGACGCUGCCUUACUUUUUUCAUGCGGGGGAAACGGAUCUGGAGGGCACAGAGGUGGACCAGAACUUGUUGGACGCUCUAUUGUUGAACACAUCCAGAAUCGGCCACGGUUUUGCUCUGCUCCGCCACCCCGUGGCCAAAGAUCUGUCUAGGAAGAGGGGGGUAGCUGUGGAAGUCUGCCCCAUCUCCAACCAGGUGAUGAAGCUGGUGAAAGAUUUGCGAAACCACCCUGCAGCUACUCUGAUGUCAGAGAACCACCCUCUGGUGAUCAGCUCCGAUGAUCCGGGCAUGUUCGGCUCCUCCGGACUCUCUUAUGACUUCUAUGAAGCUUUUGUGGGCUUCGGUGGGAUGAGAUCCAAUUUAGGCUCCCUCAAAGAGCUGGCCAUAAACUCUAUUCGGUACAGCUCUUUGAAUCCAAAGCAACAGGAGAAAGCCCUGGCUCUGUGGCAGAGAAGAUGGGAUAACUUUGUCUCUGAAAAUGCAUUUUAAAAAUACAUUUUUAUACUGUAUAUAUAUUGUUAAGGAAUUUGGGGCAUUGAAAAUCGAACAGUGCUUUAAUGGUUAGCAAGUUUGUGGUGGCAACAAAUAAGGGACAUCCGAGUUAGUUUGGGUUCUGUUUUGUUCAUUUUCACACAAUUGGGAUAUUACAGAGGAAAAUCUCUGGGAUAAAAGAGGAAAUGAAGGACCACUGAAUAUGACACUGACUUUUCCCUCUAUGACAAGAUGCAUCUGCUGUGAAACUGACAUGAGUUAUUUAGUAAAACAUUUAGGGUAAUUACUAGAACCAUACAUGUCCAAUAGCUUGAAUCAAACGCGUUUUUAAAUGUCUAAAGGGUUUUAAUGUAUUUGCACUUUAAGAGUCAGGUUAGCCAUGUGUGUAAGCGUACAUUCAUGGAGAUCAUUGUUAACCUAAUGUUGUUUGAUGUCUCUGUAGUGUGCUAGUGUUUUGUAAGAGUGUAGCCUGUUGAAUGCUGAGGGCUUUGAUAAACACUGUUCCUGAAAGAGAGUCUAAUUUAAACUUGAAUGUCAUUUUCAGCUGACCUUAUUUUACCCAUAAAGAACCUCAUUGAAAACUAAAA